AGCUGAGUGCACCUGCUUAUGGGAGAUAAAUUCAAGUUGCAGUAUUGCACUUUAGAAAAACUUCAAACUUAAUGCGGGCUGUAAUCCAACGUGUCAGGGCCGCUAAGGUCACGGUACUAGAUGAACUAGUGUCGUCUAUUGGACCUGGACUCUGUGUGCUGGUUGGCAUUAAGUGUAGCGAUACGACAACGGAUGUAGAAUACCUCGUGCGUAAGAUUCUCGCGUUACGGCUGUUCGAGGACGAUGGAAAACGCUGGCAAAAAUCUGUCAAGGAUUUGCAGCUGGAUAUUCUAUGCGUAUCCCAAUUCACACUGUACCAUAGAUUGAAGGGCAACAAGCCAGACUUCUCAGCUGCGAUGAAGGGUGAAGAUGCUAACCAGCUUUAUAAUCAUUUUUUGGAUCGGUUACGACAAUCUUACGAUGCGAUCAAAAUCCAAGAUGGCAAGUUUGGCGCUUACAUGCAAGUGCAUAUAGAGAAUGAUGGUCCGGUUACCAUUGAGUUGGAGUCACCCCAGCCGAAGCAUUCCGAGGAAUGUGUGGAUAAAUAGAAGGUUUAGCUAACUUUUGUAAUAAAUGUAUGUCAACAGA